AAGUAAGAAAUCUAUGUGUGGGGGGACAUUAAUCCACCCACAAUGGGUCCUGACAGCUGCUCACUGCACUGGAAUGAGCAAGGCGAUCCUGGGAGCGCACUCCAUCGUCAAAGAGGAAGAAGAGUCGAGGCAGGUCCGAGAGGUUCAGAAACAUUUUGCUCAUCCUAACUAUUUCAAUCAUAUUGUGGGCAAUGACCUCAUGCUGCUCAAGCUUAAGGAACCAGUAAAUACAACCAAGUCAGUAAAAUGGCUCCAAUUGGGCAAAAUUGUCAAAGACCCUCCAGAUGGCACCAAGUGUCUGGUUGCUGGAUGGGGAGUAACUGAAGAGAACCACAUCUCGGAUGUUCUCAAGUCUGUCCGCGUGACUGUGAUCGGCAGACAUAAGUGUAACUCUUGUGAAUAUUACAACUACGCACCUUUAAUCACUAGUGACAUGGUAUGUGCCGGUUCAAAUGGCAAAAAAGCAGCGGAUACCUGUCAAGGGGAUUCCGGAGGCCCACUGCUGUGCGGCUUUCAUCUGGUUGGAGUUACUUCUUUUGGAGCAGGUUGUGGGAACAUUUACAAGCCCGGAAUCUACUCGUUUCUCUCAAAGAGACAACUCAAGUGGAUCAAAGAAACAAUGAAGUCUUAAAAGUCAUCAGGCAUCAGUCCACAUAAGCUAAUCAAGAUGACAAUGUUUUAUGCUUUUAUGAUGUUUAAUCGGCUGAGCUAUCACUUCAUA